GAGCACCCUAACUCAUUUGUGACAGAAGACAGUCAGCAGUGUGCUGUUCUUACAGAUUCCGUUUGCGCUCAUCUUUUUCCAAGGGCAGAACAGAUUCUGUUACCAUCUGGCUCGGAGGCAGUGGUACCGCAACCUGGGGAGCCUCAGAAUCUGGGUGACUUGUCAACUGCCGGUCAGUUUUCUUUGGUGUACUGGCCACACCAGUGUGAAGUCAUCAGAGACAGAAUUGAGCACAUUGAUUGGAUACCCACUAACCCUGAGCCAUUGUACACUACAACAGGUUUGGAGAUGACGCCACCAUACCAAACUCCUGACAAAGGCACUGUGAUUUAUCUAGAAGAAGUGAAAGAUCUCUGCCCCCUGAAGCAGAUCCUCCAUCAGGAAGGGGAUAACACACUAAUCUUCGAAGCACGGUUUGAGAGUGGGAAUUUGCAGAAGGUGGUCAAAGUCAACGAAUUUGAGUACCAGCUGACCCUGCGCACUGACCUCUACACAAGCAGACACACACAGUGGUACUACUUCCAAGUAAGCAAUACGCAGGCAGGGAUGCCAUAUCGCUUCACUAUUGUCAACUUUACCAAGCGGAACAGCCUGUAUAAACGUGGCUUGCGGCCACUGUUGUACUCAGAAGCUGAUGCUAAGGAACACAAGGUUGGCUGGCGAAGGACUGGAGAUGAUAUCAAGUAUUACAAAACCAGUGUGGGCCAAGAUGGACGUCAGUAUUUCUCACUCACUUGGACGUUCCAGUUCCCUUAUGACCAAGACACUUGCUACUUUGCCCACUGCUAUCCUUACACCUACUCCAACCUGCAGGAGUACCUGGUGGCCAUCUCUAAAGAUCCAGUGAAAUCCAGAUUCUGCAAGAUUCACAUCUUGUGCCAUUCGCUGGCAGGAAACACAGUGUAUGCUUUAACUAUCACCAACCCACCUAAAAGUGACAAGGACACCGAGAGGAAGGCUGUGAUACUAACUGCGCGGGUGCAUCCAGGAGAAACUAACAGUUCCUGGAUAAUGAAGGGCUUUCUGGAUUACAUUCUUGGCGAUUCAGGCAAAGCUCAACUCCUGCGGGACAAUUUUGUCUUCAAAGUAGUACCCAUGUUGAAUCCAGAUGGUGUGAUUGUGGGAAAUCACCGCUGCUCUUUAACAGGUCAGGACUUGAACCGCAAAUACAAAUCUAACGGGAAGAAAUUUUAUCCUUCCAUCUGGUAUACCAGAAAAAUGAUCAAAAGAGUGAUGGGGGAACGUGAUGUUUUCAUGUAUUGUGACAUCCAUGGUCACAACAGGAAACAAAAUGUCUUCAUGUAUGGUUGUGAGAGAAGGCCCCAAGCGAAAGCACCAUAUGUGCAUCCACGUGUCUUCCCGCUCCUGCUGAGCAAGAGCUGCCCAGAUAAGUUCUCAUUUCCAGACUGCAGUUUCAGAGUGCGAAAGAGCAAAGAAGGCACAGGCCGAGUGGUGAUGUGGAAGAUGGGCAUCAACAACAGCUACACUUUGGAAGCCUCUAUCUGUGGCUCUAAGUUGGGCUGCAGACAAAGUACUCAUUUUGAUGUGAAAGACUUGGAGUCAAUAGGACAGCAUUUCUGUGAUGCCCUCUUGAACUACUGUGUUCAUAAUAAGGAGGAACAUGAAAGCGUAGUGAAACAGCAAGCCAGGGUGAACUCCAGGGUCCUGAAUUCUGAUGCACUAGACUUGGAUUCCAGCAGCCAAACUUCUGACAGCCCAGACUCCUGUGAUCUUGAUGCGCACCAGCUAAAACUAGGUACUAAGAAAAAAAACAAAGCAUCAGGAGAACAUUUUCACAGCAUUGCUAAGGACAGAAGUCAUGAAAGCAAAAAUACUCAAGGCAUUGAAACUCAACAUAAGGUAUUUCAGGUCUCUGACCCAGUGAAAAAAGAUACCCACAAAGCGAUAAGAAACAGCCCACUAUCAAGCUUACAAAACCAACAAGUUAAUAGUAGAAUCACCAAUUUCAGCCUCUGCCACACAAGUAGGAGAGGAUCUCAGCUCCAAGAGUCACACCCAUAAUGCUAAAGGAAAUAAUGAAAAACCAUCUGUGCCUCAGGAGGCAGGAGAAAGUGUGUGCCAUGAUAUGAUCCUAUCCACAAGAGAAAAUUUCCAUUCAUCCAGCUUUAAUCUGUUCUCCCAGAAGACGAAGAAACAGAAGGACAAAAGUGUCUCCAAGCCUGCAGAGAAGACAUUUCAAUCUCCAAAAGGUUUCUCUGUUAUUGUUCUAUUAGAAGUACACCGAAGAAUAGGAUUGGGUUUUGUUUGGUGCGUUUCUGAAAGAGAUAAGACAGAUGGUGGCAGUACAUUAGCAGUGCUGGAAAACUCCUACGCCAUGGCAGAUACCAGAGCUGGUUUCAUGGAGCUUCCCAGCUGAGACACUGGAAGUCCAGAAGCUCAUUAACCUCUUUGUAAACAGCUAAGGGAAAAGAGCUUGGAAAAUCUCAACUUAAUGGCAAAGGAUAGUGCCUCUGACCCUGCACUAUCCUUCUGCAGUUACUGGUGGGAAAGGCUCUAGCCAGUGGUUCAUUGCUUUUCACAUGUAUUAGCAUGCCAUAAAGGGAUGUACGGUCUGAUCCUGAGAAAUGUUGGGAUUAACCUUUUCAGAGAGCGGUCAAUAGACUAUCAUAUCACUGGAGCAAUAAAACCAGGUCCUGUGCCUACGGCUGAAGUCCCCACAUUUUAGUACUAGAUUUUGAAUCACGCUGUUGCUCUCCUUCUUAAACGAAAUGUUUCUGCCAUAAUACCACAGUUUCUUGUGAAGGAAACUGAAGUCAUGUACUUAUUUAGUAAGUAGUGACUCUGUAGUAGUUGAUAUGGAUUUGGUUUUUUUGUCCUUUUUGGCUCAGGUCAUGAUCGUAGUGCAAAGAGCGAUUCAAAAAAGGAAGAAAGGAAAAUGAAGGAGAGGCUCCCCUCAAAAACCACGAGGCUCCAGAAAACCAGGACAGCAAGACAGGAUGUAUAUUUUGGGAAGAGUAAAUUCUGCCAGGGACAAGACAAACUGCAAUUCCCUCUGCCGUUACUGCCUGAAGAAAAGAACAGACAACAUGCUGCAAAAUACCAGGGCAUAUUCUUGAGCUCCAAUUCUUUAGCCAAUGAAGGCACAUGAAAGUGUCAUGUAUGUGAUGUGCUUAAACAAUUCCCAAGACUUUGGUUAUGGAUUAUGACUCUACCAGCAAGGGAGUAGAUACCUGCAGAAAUCAAAAUUAUGCUUGCUCUUUUAAAAAAAAAAAAAAAAAAAAUUUUCACCCACAUUGGCUAAUGUAUACACGAAAUUUCUCACCGCAUGAAGAAGUAUCCCAUAUUCUAAACCAGUUUUGUAGGGAGUCUCUGGAAAUAAAGUAUCAUUUUUCUUAAACAGUA